AUGUUGAUGUGGUUCGCUACAAAUGUAUCUAUCAGUGUGUACAAUAUCAUCACUUACGAACCAUAUAUUCUAAAAGCGGUAUCCCCACAUUAUAUUGUGAAAUUCUUCAUGAGAAAUGGCAAGACAGCGUUUGAUCUUCUUGGAGCUGUUUUCUUAGCCAUAACAGGGGCUGAGGCCAUGUUUGCUGAUUUAGGACACUUCAACAAAAGGGCAAUCCAGUGGGGUUUCUCUUUCGUGGUCUAUCCAUCGUUAAUUCUCACAUACGCUGGCGAAACAGCUUAUCUCACAAAGAACCCUGAAAAGAUCACUAACGCUUAUUACAGCUCUAUUCCAGAGAAUGUGUACUGGCCUAUGUUCGUUAUUUCUACACUAGCUGCAGUUGUUUCGAGCCAAUCUAUGAUAUCUGCCACCUUUUCUAUCGUAAAACAGUCUCUCUCUCUAGGUUGCUUUCCCAGAGUUAACAUAAUUCAUACAUCUUCCAAGCAUCAAGGCCAAGUCUACUCCCCGGAAAUCAAUUACAUUCUUAUGAUUCUCACACUCGGUCUCGUGGUCGGAUUCAAAGGCGGUGUUGAACUAGCAAACGCAUACGGCGUGGUGGUCAUAUGGGUAAUGAUUAUAACGACGUUUUUGACAACCUUAGUCAUGUUGGUCAUAUGGAAGACAAAUAUUAUUUUAGUACUGGCGUUUUUCUUGCCGUACAUGUUGAUAGAGGGCAUUUUCAUGACGUCAUUGCUAAAGAAAAUCCCGCAAGGAGGAUGGGUGCCUUUUGCAAUAUCAGCUUUCUUCUUGACUAUAAUGCUAUCAUGGAGCUACGGGAGGAUUAAGAAGACGACAUACGAAGCAGAAAGAAAGAUGAGCAUUGAAGACCUAGAUCAAAUGUUGUCGUUAAACAGCAAUAUAUACCGAACACAAGGGAUCUGCUUCUUCUUCACAGACCUUGUCUACGGCAUUCCACCUAUAGUUCGACAUUAUAUUCAACACACAAACUCCGUACGUGAAAUUAUGGUUAUCGUGACCGUAAGAAUUUUACCGAUCAAAACGGUUCAGCCGGAAGAGAGGUUUAAUGUGGGGAAACUGGGGAAUAAGGGUGUUUAUCGGUGCUUAGUUCAGUUCGGUUAUAAGGACUCUCAGAAUAUGAAAGGAGAUGAAUAUGUUGCUUCAGUGUUGACAAAAAUCCAAGAGAUUACUAAUUCGAGAACCGAAAAGCACAAAAUUCAGUCAGCGGCUGAGAGAGGAAUCGUGUUCCUAUUGGGCAGGACUAUCCUUAAAGCAAACAAGGAAAACGGAACGCUCGCACGACUGACAAUAGAUUAUCUGUAUAGAUUUCUACAGAAGAACAGUAGGGCAGCAGUUUCGACACUCGAGAUUCCACCAGAAAGAACAUUGCAGAUUGGAAUGAUGUAUGAAAUCUAA